AAGCCGGCAAUCGACAAGCGGUUCAUAAGUGCGAAGUCGUUGAAACCGUUCGAAUGGGCAAAAAUAAUAAUUUGUUAAAAACGAAUAGUAACAAGCGUGUUUGUUAAUUUUAAACGUGAGAUAAGAAUUAUUUUCUUACAUACAAACUAAAAUGUCGUUAAUACCUUGGCAUACAUCUGGUCCAUCGAGAGCCCUUUUAGAUCCAUAUUUUGGUCUUCGUUUGAAUGAGAAAUUUUUGGAUCCUGUAACACUACCACCAUGGGAAACACGUGCACCAUGGCAUGAAAGAUCGAGGAGACCAUCACCAUUGAUACCUUGGCAUACAUCUGGUCCAUCAAGAGCACUUGAUCCAUAUUUUGGUCUUCGUUUAGGUCAUGAAACUUUUCUGGACCCUCUAACAAUCGCUCCGUGGGAGAGAUCCUACAGCUGGGACACCCCUCCACAUACAGAUGCUGCGUCCACUAUCAAGGAGGACAAAGACAAAUUUGAAGUGAAUGUUGAUGUCCAACACUUCUUGCCUGAUGAAAUUAAAGUCACAUCAUCUGGAAACACGCUGACCGUCGAAGGUAAACAUGAAGAAAAACCUGAUGAACAUGGAUCAAUUUCAAGGCACUUCGUGAGGAAGUAUGUUCUCCCAGAAGAUCACGAUCUAAACCAUUUACAGUCGCACAUAUCCUCAGAUGGUGUUUUGACCAUUACUGCACCAAAGAUACCUGCUGAUGGUAAUAUGCCACGAGCUAUACCAGUUCAACACACAGGCAAACCAAAAAAAGCCAUCAAGCACAAGUAAAAAUGUAGAAAAAUUUAUUAAUCAUUUAGUAUUACAAUUUCUUUUUUUACUUAAAAUUUCUUACAUUGAUGAUAUCACUUAGAACAGGUUGCAAAGUUAACACAGAAUAGAUCACUCAUAAUACAUACAUUAGAAAUAUAUUCGUUCGCUAUGCUUGUAGUUUGUAAGUGAUUUCUAAAAUUAC